AUGGAGUCAUCACAGCAUGGUCAAGAGCUUGUAACACAGCAGUGCUCAUCGACACAAGUGGAUUGGGGUUGCCUGCCCCACAAUGUACUGGAGAACAUCAAAGCCAUGCUGAUGGCACAGCAUGUCCACAGCUCCAGAGUGUUGAAGACAGCAAGUCUCGUCAACAAGCACUGGGGCCGGUGGGCAGCAGGCUGUGUUACUUUUGUCCGGCUCCCUCCAGGCGUGUCUCUGUCACUGUCUGUAGUUGACACCAUGGUCAGGAAAUUUGGCGGGAUGGUUGGACUUGGCUUCAGAUCGCAGCCAUAUUCGGCUUGGAGGGUGCUGUCUACUGAUGAACUAGCUGCAUUGAAGGAAAUGCGCUGGUUGGCGCAUAUUGAUAUCGAAGGUCUCUAUGUCUCAGAUGAGGUACUUGCGUAUGUGGUGGAGUUGCCUUGCCUGACGCACCUAUUUUUGCAUCGGUGCCAGUGCGCUGUCACUGUUGCCGGCUUGGAACAAGUUGGGAGGUUGACUAAUCUUGAGCACCUGAUUUUGUCUGGCUGUUGUCAAGUUUCGGACAUUGGGCUGGAACUCGUGGAGAAGUUGCCAUCCCUGACGAAUUUGGAUUUGACCAGGUGUGUACACAUUUCAGAAAAUGGGUUACAGCAUUUGGAGAAGAUAUCAACACUGACGCGAUUAGUGCUGCACGAAUGUGGGCAAGUGAAUGAUGUUGGGUUGGAGCAUGUUGGGAACCUGGCCUCCCUCACGGCCUUGGAGCUGUCACACUGCAGCCAGAUCACCGAUGCUGGUUUGGAAUUUGUGGGAAAACUGAGGUUACUCACCCGGUUGGUUCUGAGGAAAUGUGAGCGCAUCACUGAAAGGGGUUUGAGGCAUGUGGGCCAGCUGGUUGACCUGGUGCACCUGGAGCUGUCUUCGUGUGGGGCCAUCAGGGACGUUGCUCUGGCGCACGUGGCAAAACUACGGUCCCUGAAGCACUUGAAUUUGGGGCACUGUGGGCGCGUCACAGACAUUGGUGUGGGUUGUGUUCAUGAACUGGUGUUUCUGACCCAGCUGGUGCUGCAGGGAUGUGAGCGCAUUACAGAUGAUGGGCUGGGGUACGUGGGCAACUUAUCCUCUCUUGUGCACCUGAAUUUGUCUCAUUGCAGACGGAUAACGGAUGUUGGUCUGGAUGAUGUGGGGAAACUGUCGUUUCUCACUUACCUGGAUUUGUCCUGGUGUGGGAACAUCACUGACGAGGGCUUGGAAUCCCUGGGGAAGCUGACUUGCCUAACGCACCUGGACUUUCAUAUGUGCAGGCACAUUACCGAUGCUGGCCUCGAGAGGGUGGGCAGACUGGUGGGACUGCCACAAGAUCGGAAGUGGUUUUGUGGCAGACUGGGAAUGCCAGCUAGUGGUGAUGGGUAUGCGGACAUGUAG